GCCCGUUUCACUUCAGCAAACUCUAGCCAUUGCCAUUGCAGUUUCAUUUCUCAUUUCUUGACGAUUUUAAACUGUUUUCAUUUCUUUGUAAUGUGAAUUGAUUGAUUUAGGUGCUUUUUUGUGGGCUUUGAUGCAUUUUUGGUUUUUCUACUACCUACUUUGGGUAGUUUUCGCGAUUCAUUGUGACCGUUUCAAAGACAGCUGAAAAUUUCAGUUUCUUCUAAUAAAAAUGAAUGAAAAAGAGAAAGAAAUGCAGCCGGAAGUUGCUAAACCAACCGAAUCUCCUUUCUGGGUUUCUCCUACCAGUUCAGACAGCUGCUUACCGUCAUACAGCGAAAUCGACUAUUCGUCUCAUGUGGAUGAUUUGGAAAAAGGUUAUUUAUGUUUACGUCCAAUUCGCGGUCCACCAUGUUCUGAAAAGAAGAGUCAAGAAGCGUCCAUGAAUGCUUCUGAAAAUUCCAACAUGGAAGUAUUAUUGUUAAUUAUCUGUCCAGCAAAGGUUGCUAGGAUUCCACAAGCUACUGUCAAAGUGGUAAAUGAAACUGCUCGACUUGUCUGGUGCUACAUUUUUGCAUUUGUGCUGGAUUUUGUAUUUUCGGACUUUCUUCUUUUUCCUUUUAUAAAGAAGUCAAUGGAAAAUGCAUGGAUUCAGUGGAGUCUAGCGGGUCUUCUUGCCAUUUUGGCUUUCUGGAUUUGCGUAUUUGUUGUUUCAUACUUGUUGGAUCUUUUCAUUCUGUCACUAAAUGUUCCCAUCCUGUUACUAAAUGGGUUCACUGAGUUAAUUGGAAUUAUUAAUCCCUUGAUUGCUUCAAUCUUCGGUUUCGACACGACGUUGGAAAGAAACAACUUGGCGGGUGAUAAUCCCAUCCCACUGAAUACAAUCCCAUCCGAGUCUCAAAACCUAUCAAGUGACCCUAAUACUCUUACAGAUGAACAACCAUCUUCUGAAUGCGUUGAACAAUUUCCGGAAAGACAGCGAAAACCAAGUCAAUCUAGGGAUGUUGAAAACACUGGGAAUUUGGAAAGCAGCUGAUUCCUUGGUUUCGGACUCUAUCUUCUUUCGAUAUUUUUAAUUGGUGAACUGAGAAAUUGAGAGGGUUCUUUUCAUUCUCUGUUUCAUAUUCAGUAUUUUUAUGUUACGUUAUCUUCAUUUUAACACACUUUUUUACGUUCGUUUUUUGCAUAAAUUAUUUAUUUUGUACUUUGCAUUGCUGAUGUCGUUAGAUGCGUGGUCAUUCUUGAUGCUACGAUGAAAUCGUAUUGACUUUGAGAUAAGUGAACGUUAAGUGAACGUUUACAUAACAUGGUACGUGAAUAGAUUGUCAUUGUUUCACUGGCAAUCCUUUCGCUGUGUGAUCUGUACUUUAGACCGGGACGACAACUAUGAAUUGACUUUUCAAUGUCCCUUAACGAGUAUCAUUUUUCUUUUUGAUUACAUCUUGCAUCUGCGUGACGCUCCAUUCUCCUCUGUGCUUUUAAGAAAUAACAUCGUUACAC